GAAAACUGCUCUGAGAGAGCACAUUCCAGCCAGACCCCGUUCGAGACAAUGAGGGGUGGGACACAAUUUUAUUUAAAAUCUCUUUAGGCCUAAUCUUGCGCUUUAAUCAGGAACAGAGCAAAGUUAGGUUGAAGGUUCCUAGGCGGGCUACGUAGGCUACUUUAUCGAGAUGGAGCCAUGGGCUGUUUGUGAACUUAUUUCAAAGCGGAAGGCUGACGUCUAGCCUAUGUUCCAGCUCGGCUUCGUGUUUUCGGUUUAUCAGUCAAAGAUUUUAGACCGAGAUUUCGCGUCACAGCGCCGCGCUUGAGACGAGACAAAUCUGGUAAACUUGGACGGACCAUAUAUCUUAGACCGAAAGGACGGGCGUUCAUUUUCCCAGUCAGGUAUCUUGGAUAUUUAGUUUAGAGUCGUUUCAUUGUAGCAGAACUGAAAUGAUUUGACAUAAAGUUGGGAGGAGCGCCAUAUAAAAAUACUGACUUUGAUUCGCAUCGAAACAGGAAAGGAUGUGGAGAGAUUCUAGGAUUCAACAUCUGGGACUGAGAACUUUCACCGAACUCAAAGGUUGACAUAUGAAUGGAAGACGUAUCUAAUACAUUCAUUUUGGUUGUCUUUUAACACUUUAAAGUAGUUUAAAAGACACAUUUUGUUUGUAAUAUGGGACCAACGUGGCGCAUGUCUGUGGUGAUACAUAAUUUGGCUUCUUCGUGAAAAGCAAGAAGCUGCGCUUAAAAGGACAAAUAAAACGGAGAAUGGGGGGUGCUGCCAUGGUCACAGUGCUGCUGGCUGGGAUGUGCCUGUGGACCUCCACAGCUCAUGCAGAUCAGUCAUCUGUGGGAUCGCCGUCCGGGGGCCCUGACGGUGUCACCGACCUGCUGUGUACAUGUGAGAACAAGAAGGGGACGUGUAGGAACGGCACCUGUAGAGGUGCCUACUGCUUCUACACCAAGGUGCAUGGCAGAGAGGAGAGGGGCUGCUUCCACAAGGACCACUACAAGGAGCAGUGUUACACCAGCUUCCAGGGACUGUACGUCCACUGCUGUACCAAGAACCUCUGUAACGUCAACAGCACCGCUCCCCCAGACCCAGUUGAGCCUACGAGGGAGGAGGACAGCGUGAUUCUGCUGGUGGCAGUCCCUCUGCUGGUGUUGCUGAUCCUGUCCGUGGCUGUGUGUGGCCUGGUGCUGUGGCUACGCUCCAGACGACAGCACCACAGGCUGGGCUACAGAGAGGACCGUGACGUCUCCAUGCUCAAGGUGCCCAGUGGGACAGACCCUACCUACGGGGAAAUCUUUGAUGAGUUCUGUACCUCAGGCAGUGGGACUGGCCUGCCGUACCUGGUGCAGAGGACCAUGGCUCGGCAGAUCUCUCUGGUCGAGUGUGUCGGUAAGGGCCGGUAUGGGGAGGUGUGGAGGGGCACCUGGAUGGGAGAGAGUGUUGCCGUGAAGAUCUUCUCCUCCAGAGAUGAGCAGUCCUGGUUCCGAGAGACCGAGAUCUACAACACUGUACAGCUCAGACACGACAACAUCCUGGGCUUCAUAGCAUCUGACAUGACUUCUAAGAACUCCAGCACCCAGCUGUGGCUGAUCACCCACUUCCACGAGCUGGGUAGUCUCUACGACUUCCUCCAGUACAGCAGCCUGGACCCCGAGGGCUGCCUAAGGAUGUGCCUGUCUGUAGCCUGCGGCCUGGUCCACUUCCACACUGAGAUACUCAGCUGCCAGGGCAAGCCUGCCAUCGCCCACCGAGACCUGAAGAGCCGGAACAUCCUGGUCAAGAGGAACGGACAGUGCUGCAUCGCCGACCUGGGCCUGGCUGUGAUGCAUUCUCAGACCAGCGAUUACCUGGACGUGGGGAACAACCCCAGGGUGGGUACCAAACGCUACAUGGCCCCAGAGGUUCUGGAUGAGACCAUCCGCAUGGACAUCUUUGAGUCGUACAAGCAGACAGACAUCUGGUCCCUGGGCCUGGUUCUCUGGGAGAUUUCUAGACGGACCAUGGUCAACGGGAUAGUGGAGGAGUACCGGCCGCCCUUCUUUGACAUGGUGCCCUCUGACCCCAGCUUUGAGGAGAUGAAGAAGGUGGUGUGUGUAGACCAGCAGAGACCCAGUCUGCACAACAGACUGCACUCGCACCCGAUCCUGGCUUCCAUUGCCAAGGUAAUGAAGGAGUGUUGGUUCCAGAGCCCCCCAGCCCGACUCACAGCUCUCCGUGUCAGAAAGACUCUCUCCAAGCUGGACCAGGACCAUGGCUACCCCACAGAGAAACUCAAAAUGGACCUGUAGGCCUCGACACCGGACUGCAAGCAGGACGUCUAGACCUCAACAUAAGACUACGACCAGCACACCAAAAGUAGGGCUUAUAGUCUUAUAUAGAGACGAUCUAUAUCCUCUCCUACUACUUAAGACUCUGUGUCCCAUAUAUCUAGUGCUUCUUCCUAAAAGGCUGUCGCCUGGAUCAUGUAAUCUGGAAUGCAAUCGAAAAAUGUCAUGUAUUUGCUUUGGCCUAUUUAUCUGCUGAGAUCUGGAAUGGGAAGCAUAGCAACCGACACAUUUGGACUUGGAUCAUUCUAUGGACAGAACCAUUUGCCGGUAACGGCCUGAUUACUCCUGUUGAAAGAGUUCACCGAGUUCCGGUCUUCCAUAGAGCAUGGACACUGUCUUCCAUAGAGCGUGGACACUGUCUUCCAUGGAGCGUGGACACUGUCUUCCAUAGAGCAUGGACACUGUCUUCCAUAGAGCAUGGACACUGUCUUCCAUAGAGCAUGGACACUGUCUUCCAUGGAGCAUGGACACUGUCUUCCAUAGAGCAUGGACACUGUCUUCCAUAGAGCAUGGACACUGUCUUCCAUAGAGCGUGGACACUGUCUUCCAUAGAGCACGGACACUGUCUUCCAUAGAGCAUGGACACUGUCUUCCAUAGAGCACGGACACUGUCUUCCAUAGAGCAUGGACACUGUCUUCCAUAGAGCACGGACACUGUCUUCCAUAGAGCACGGACACUGUCUUCCAUAGAGCAUGGACACUGUCUUCCAUAGAGCAUGGACACUGUCUUCCAUAGAGCAUGGACACUGUCUUCCAUGGAGCAUGGACACUGUCUUCCAUAGAGCGUGGACACUGUCUUCCAUAGAGCAUGGACACUGUCUUCCAUAGAGCGUGGACACUGUCUUCCAUAGAGCACGGACACUGUCUUCCAUGGAGCGUGGACACUGUCUUCCAUAGAGCACGGACACUGUCUUCCAUGGAGCAUGGACACUGUCUUCCAUAGAGCAUGGACACUGUCUUCCAUAGAGCACGGACACUGUCUUCCAUAGAGUGUGGACACUGUCUUCCAUAGAGCAUGGACAUUGUCCUCUCCUUAGGGGCCCACUGGAUUGAGAGAUCUUCAGAGUUUGGUGGAUGUGAUGUCCUUGUGGGAAUGGGUGUCUCACCGUUGGAUCAGUGAGGCCUUGUGGACAUAGCGUGAUCAUUUCAAGUGGCCGUUUAAUGCCUCGCUGGUUUCUUAAUUGUUUUGAUGCACUAUACAGGAUCUAUACGUAUUGAUUUAUUUAGCAUUUCCUGAAAACCUUUUCAGCUGACCAUAUACAGUGCCCUUGUAAUGCUCCCAUUACUGCAAUGUGUUACUCUUGAUGAUAUUGUAAGCACAGAGCUAAUAAAUCAGUUCGAUCUACUCUUAACAAUAGGAUGUUUCUUUCACCCGAUUUACUGUUAAAAGCUGUUUUAAAGUUAAAGUACUUCUAUAUUUUACGAUGUUCAUUAUAUACAUGCGUUUGUUUUGAAUCUGAAAUUAUAUCUGCAAUACUUUCAGCACAGAAUUACCAUCAUUACCAUCACUACCGUUCAACAAUAUUGAAAAAGGGAAAUAAAUAAAAACCAUCACGUUGUU